AUGUCCGACAACAUACCCCAUGCGAGCAAGCAUGGGGGCUCCUGGCAGGCCGCACCUCUCUCUUCUCGAGAAGAGCAAGAGCUCAUACUGGAAGCCCGCGCUUUACGAGAGGAAAAGCUCAAGUCCCUUGCAAGGAUCGUCAACAACAUGUCCGUCGAGCCGACUACCAACGACAUAUUGCAUAUGUACUAUCGGGUCGAGGUUGGUACCUAUCUCUUACCAGCUUCGAACUUCAUCGCCAACGAAAACUCUUCCGAAGCCGAGGUUAUGGUCAAGCUUGCCAGGCAAUCUGCAGAUAAAUCCAAGGAUCCGCUGCUCGUUGCCAAAUGCGAGUUCUGGAUGGGUCGAGUUGAGUUCCUGCGCGGAAAUAUGCGCAAAGCUCAUGAGCAUUUCGUGAAAGCGAACCCUUGUGCAAUGGAUCCGAAAGAGGGCGUCGAAUGCCAGGACCUGAGCUUUUUUCUGGAUGUCACCAGGCAUGGAAUUAGUGAGCAUACUCGGGCUACGAGACUACGUGUUCAUGAGGAGGCUAUUGCGAGACAUGUGAAAUUUGAAAAGACUGCGAACAACUCUGUCUCGACCGAAGACAAACGCAAGCGUCCAUUGAGGACAUGGAAGGGGGCUCUCGUCAAACUACAGCUACCUUUGAUCAAGCGACGCCCACUUACUAAAAUCAUAAAGCCACGGUGUAGGGUGCCGAUUCAACGAAAGGUGGACGAGGAGCAUCUGCAGCAAGGGAUAGAAAAUGAGAGAAGUUCCAAAAAUCAGGUUCUUGGAAAGGUCCUUGCAGAAGAGCUUGGGUACGAGUCUUGGAGUGAUUCUGGGGAUGACACUGAUGACACUGAUGAUACUGAUACCGACACUGAGAAUGAAUCUGAUGACGAACCUAGCGGAGGCCCUGCAGACAGCACAGAUGAAACCAAGGAUGAGAACACCAAAGAUGAUAACGCAGCAAACUCUCCAAACGCCCCCGAUGAAAGCCAGCAAUCAGAGCACUCCACUAGCCCGACCACAGCCCCAGCAAGAUUUCGGACUGAUCAAUCUGCCUACGAAAUGCCCAAGCCGGGGUCCGCCCGCGCCCGGUUCAGACAGGAAUGUUUCCAGAUGGGCCUCACAUCAACGCUCAACGCAGAACCCUACGAGCGUCCGAAAGAACCAUUUGUUUUUGGAGUGCCCCACGAACCAACAAAGCAGACUCAGUUCCGGCUCGGAUUUUUCAAGGUUGGCCUGGAAAAACGCAGCCGCCCCAUGACCAUUUUCCCGAAACAGGAUGGCGAAAUCACUAUUUCUCCUGAGGAAUGGGAAUCUAUCGAGCAGGAUGCUCGUGAUAAGAUUGUCACUUACGAAUACUUGCGAAGGGAAAGAUAUGAGUUGAUCAAGGUUGCCGAGGAGAUGUAG